AUGGAAGCAUCCUUUCCGGCGAUGAUUGAUUCGGCUGAGCGAUCCCAUCAGAGGAGUAUUGGGAACUCCCAGGUAGUGGUCCAGCAAUAUGCUCGAUAUCCGUCGGGGUUAGAGUCCACCAUCCAAAGCGCAUCCUCUGUCGAGAGCGCUCGAGGUCAAGCGGAUACCCACAGAUCGCCGCCGCUCCACCGCAAAGAUACUCCUAGGAGUAUCCAGCCAUCUCCACGAGGGGUGCGAUCGGUGCUGCCAACCUCCUCGACGGGACGAACGGGCCCGUCAAUGUCUCCGCCGCUGUUCGACGUCUUUCGGCAGUCUCCUAUGAAAGAUACAACGGACCAGGUAGAGUCUAGAUGUCUUCCCUCGCGGGAAGUCAGUGAUGAAAACAUCGAUGAUGCCUAUGUCACGUUCAUUUUAUACUGCAAUCCAAAUGUUCCAUCGUCUGUGGACACGUCCGAACUCCGAAAGACAUUUCGCUCCCCUCCGCGAAGUGAUGGGAAAAGCUUCAGUGUAUUCAACCUGUUUCAGCUAAUUCAGAAACUGGACAACAAAGAACUCAAAACGUGGAUUCAGCUCGCAAUUGAGUUGGGGGUGGAGCCACCCUCUCAGGAGAAGAAACAGAGUACCCAGAAGGUCCAGCAAUACGCUGUUCGACUCAAGCGCUGGAUGCGUGCAAUGCACGUAGAUGCUUUCUUCGAAUUCUGCCUGGGCCACCCCCAUCCCUAUUAUACACACCUCCCCUCAACUGGGCCGUUUGUAAGCGAAUCCCGCGACGGCGUGCCACUAGAGGAAGAUCUCGCUCUGCGAGCCUUAGUUCCGCAGUGGAAGCCAAAGCGUGGGAGGAAGCGAGCCGAUGAGCGAGAACAAGAUGAGGGAAAAUUGGUGAAAAGGCCUCAAUUGGAUACCUCAGCAGCCGGCCUACAGCCUCGUUCAUUUCCCCCUCAGUCAAUGCCUUUUCCUCAGAGUGCUAUACCGUUUAGCGCUUAUCCAACAGAUGAAGAUCCCUGGAUGACUGCCUCAUCUACUUUUCCGCAACACACUUCCACUGAUCAAGCUGGCCAAGAUCUGGGUUGGAGACUUCCAGAGCGAGAGAACUCCCCAGCUGGGUAUCCACAGUCUGCUAUUAUUCCAAGGGGAAAUCAGUCUUCAGAAGCGUUUAUUCCAGCAGAGCCGCGAUCGGCGAUCACCCCAGUAUCCGGCGAGAAGGCUCGUGCGAGACGCCGGCAUGGACCGGCGGUAUCAUCUGCGUGGCCGAGUAGUAAUGGCUCGGCGACUGGCAAAGGUCGCGGGAGACCACCCAGUAAAGCCUCAACCUCGGGCUCUUUCUCCACAUUCCAGGUCACCGCCAGCAGAGAUACGUCACAGACAGCUCAGCCAUACCUUAGCCAAACUCCUGCAUCACUCGCCAGUCAAGACAGACCGAAAGAUGGGACGAAUGCAGCAUUACAUCAAAAAGCUCCCUGUACACCUAUUCCUCCGGUGCGGCCAGGCAAAUUACAACUCCAAGUCCCUCACCAUCAAGGCGCCCCCGUGAGACUCGCUACGCCGCCCACGUUGCUUGUCAAUGGUGUUAAUGGCUCUGUCACAUCACAGAGCCAAGGGUCAUUUCAUGCUCAGAAGACCCAAUCACUCGGCGAUGCCGAUCGAAUGAAUGAGCCUAAAGUAUCGGAGAACAGACAGUUAGACCAAGAGCUCUCUACUGAAUUUCUUGUCCAGGCUUUGUCAGAGGAGCUUGCGCAAGCGACAGUUGUAUCCACUGAUACCGGACGACCGGCCCGUGCUGUCACCCCGCGCGAAGGGCGAGUUCUGGCAUCCGCACUCGUCGUGAAUGGAAAGAAUCUGUAUUCUGGCGUUUUGGGAUCCGGGACAUCGAGGUUUCUGGCGUUUCAGCUCGGUCUUGGUCAGAGAAUCGGCUUACCUGGAGGUUGUCGACGACUCAUCACGGCGACCGCUGAUCGUGCGCCCACUCAUGCAAAUAUACACAAUAGGCCGGAAUGCGGACCAUCCUCGGAAAGAACACAGUACUCAGUACAAUUUGAAUAUGACUCUUCGUCUCGAAUGAUACUUGAGGUUAGUCUUUCAAACAGUGAGACUGGUGUUGUACCUGCGAGGGUCUCUAAUCGAGAUGAAUCGCCCUCACGCGGUGCACUCGAAAUUGGUUUCUCUGAUGAGCUUGAAGGUGUCAAUCCAGAGGACCACGAGCUCGACCUUGCUGUGUCUGAUGCUUCUUGGAAACAACGAUACAUGAGGCUACGAGCUCAAAUGCAGCGCAAGGAGAAAUCACUGUCCCAGUAUAAACGGAAAAUCGUUGAGUCCGUAAUGGCCGAUAUAUGA